CUUCAUUUUUCAUUCUUCUUUUCUACUCCUUUUUCAUUGUUGAAUUAGAGAAGGAAUUAUUCUGUAAUCAACAAGGUGAUAUGUCUAUUACUGAAUACUAUAUACUGCAAAAGUCAAUUUGAGAGGAAUUGGAUGAAUUUCGACCGAUCUGUAAAUGUCUUGAUGCCUGUGUAUGUGGUUUGGCUGUGAUGCGAUAAUAUAGGAGGGAGGCCAAUGCUAUUAGCUUCUUGAGAGGAGUGAAUGAAAGUUACACCACAGUUAGAUCGUAGAUAAUGCUGAUGCAGCCAUUCCCUGAUGUUUCCACCAUUUUCUCAUUACUUCUUCAGCAAGAGAGACAACAUAGUGCUCUUUAUUUGGGUGACACCAAGGAGUUGGUUAAUGCUAUGAACACAACUGGAGAGGGAUUCAAUCAUGAUAACCGAGGUAGGAAUUUUGGCAGAGGAGGGCAUGGAGGUAAGAAUAAGUCCUCUGGAAAGAAUUCAAGUAAAUUGUGCUCACACUGUGGCGAAACAGGACACUUGGUUGACACAUGUUACUUCAAACACGGUUUUCCCCCUCACAUGCAAAGAAAUAAAAAACCACAAUCAUUUGGAACUGCCUCAAUUAAUAAUGUUAAUACCACAGCUGAGAUGAAUGAUGAAUUCAACAACACUCCAUCACUUUCUGGUCAAAAGGAAGGUGGUAAAAGCUUUGAUGUCUUAUUUUCUGAAGAACAGAAGCAAUCCUUGAUUGCUUUACUCCUCAAGCAUGAACCAUCACCUUCUCAUAGUAAGUCAGCAGCAGCAACUGUACAGGCCCCUUCAGCAGGGCGUUUUCUUUAGCUAUCACCACCCACACAGAACCAACGAGCUAUGAGCAGGCCAUUCUUCAUGCUUGUUGGAGGGAUGCAAUCACCGCCGAGCUAAACGCUCUUGAGAAAACCAAGACAUGGGCUUUUACCACUCUCCCUCAUGGCAAGAAGGCCAUAGGGUGUAAGUGGGUUUUCAAAAUCAAGUACAAGCCGGAUGGGACAGUGGAACGCCAUAAAGCUCGAUUAGUAGCAAAGGACUUCACACAAACGGCAGGAUUCGAUUUCUUUGAUACCUUCAGCCCGGUUAUCAAGAUGACGACUCUCAGGAUACUCUUGGCCUUAGCUUCCCAACAUGGUUGGUUUCUUCACUAGCUGGAUAUAAACAUGGCAUUCCUUCACGGUGAUCUUGCUGAAGAUGUUUUUAUGCGAGUUUCUCCUGGUCUGCGUGCACCCCCCCCAACAUGGUGUGCAAGCUUCGGAAGAGUUUCUAUGGUCUAAAACAAGCGAGCAGGCAAUGGAACACUAAGCUA